AAUGACAGUUCAAUUUCGUCUGUUGUGUUGAUAAUACAGAAGUAAAGUUUCCGAUUUAAGUGUUGAUUAAAUCAUGCCUCGACGAGGAAGAUCAGCAAGCCCUCCACCAGCGCCUCAAAGGAGAGCUGCUCCCCCGCCAAGUAAUGUACCAGCUCGUGCGGCUCCAUCGACCCCGGCUACGACAGUAGCUCAACCUCAGCAGCCCUCGCUAUUCGGGCAGAUGGCUGCCACGGCUGGUGGCGUAGCUGUAGGAUCGGCUGUGGGUCAUGUGGCUGGUAGUGCUCUAACAGGUAUGUUUAGUGGUGGUGGAAGCAGCGAGCCAGCCCAGCAACAGCAAGCAGCUCCUGCAGCUCAAACCUACAAUCAAUACCAGGGACAGCCGGCUCAAGGACCAUGCGCGUGGGAGAUCAAGCAAUUCUUGGAAUGUGCUCAACAACAGCACGACUUGUCACUCUGUGAUGGCUUCAAUGAAGCUCUACGUCAAUGCAAAGUCAAUAACCACAUCUAAAUGAAUAUAGGUUGAUAGAGGUGUCCAUUAAUUUUGCUCGGAAAAUGAUUGUUUUAAUAAAAAAAUCAUUGAUAGUUUUAUUUCAGAGAUGUGCCUAUACAUUUAAUUCUUGGAAAGUUUAUUUUGAUUACCAAACAUCCACUCUGAGCAAUUUGAGGCACCUGCCAAGUAGCUAUUAUUUUUAGUGUAAACGGAAAUUUUGUUUUCCAGUGACUAAAUCUGUAGUCUUAUAGUUUUAUAGUUGACCACAUAAAAAUAUUGUUAAACCUAUUUUACAGAUUAUUUAAUAAUAAUUAUUUUUUGUAAAAUUAUGUAGUUCAAAUUAUUAAUAAAGAAGUUGAAAU